AUGUCUUCCAGAAGCAAGACCCUCGAGCAAAUGGUUGAACAAUGCUUCGGCCUCUUUUUCGAGUAUCUCUAUCCCCUCACUCCACUGGUGCACGAGCCUAGUCUUCGUGACGGGCUUUCCAUAUUUACGCGAAAAGCAUCCAACUCGGCGUUGCAGAACGCGCCGCGAAAUGGAAAUGACGGCGUGGCGGAUACCCUGUCCGCCUUGAACCCCCCGGCAUGGCCGGGCGACUCUCCCGAUGUUGCCUCCGGGCCCGGGGGCGAGGCGUCGGGAUCUUGGCAUGACGCCACAUUCACCCUCAUCACGGCCGUUUGUGCCGAGGCGGCCUUUCUCCUCCCCAGAGACCUGUUCCCCGAGGGUGGUUCUGUGGCCGAUCUCUUCCUGCAAGCUUCGAGGGACUGUCUGACCAGCUAUCUGGAGGCUGAUUUGGAAAACCCAAAUGCAAACUCCAUAACCAUUCGCUACUUUCACUCAAACUGUGUCCAUGCGGCUGGGAAGCCCGAGUACUCCUGGCACAUCUUCGGCGAAGCCACCAGACUCGCACAGGUGAUGAGGCUGCACGAUGAGACCUCCCUGGAAGGACUGUCCCCCGUGGAAUCCGAGCUGCGUCGCCGCGCCUUCUGGAUUGUUUACAUGGGUGAUAAAUCAGCCGCUAUUCUGAACAAUCGGCCAAUGACGAUGCACAAGUAUUCGUUCGAGACCGGGGUAACUACAGCAUACCCGACUGGAACUGACAACGGGUCUGCCUCUGCGGCAAACAUGUCCAACGUUGCAACGCCCCCCGACACCUACUGUAGGAACUUCAUCACGGGAUUCAAUGCAAACCUGAAGUUAUGGCAGGCCGCUUCAGAUCUCCUCAUUCAAGUUCGACUCUUCCAAGACCAAAAGUCCAACGAGCUCAGUGCCGCAAAUUCACCGAGUCAAGUACUGACAGAACCCGAGAGGCAGCGCCUAGACUCCCUCUUUGUGCAGUUCAUCACUUGCAUGGAUGAUCUGCCCCCUUACCUGCAGUCGUAUACGUUUGCCUGUGUCGGAAACGCCGGCGGCCCCAUCUCCGAGGCCAAGCAGUUCAUAAUUCAGUGCGCCAAUCUCCAGGUCUCGUUUCACUGUCUGCGCAUGGUCAUCACCCAGAAGUUUGAGGACAUCGCCUUCUUGGCCGCCGGUGCUGAGCAGGCGGACUUGCGCAGGACGGAAAUAGUCAGGGACAUGCUGAGGGUGAUGCAGGAGGCCCCCUUUUGGGCUUUGCAGGUGAACGGUGAACCAUACGUGGAAAAGAUUAGGCUGAUCGGUGCUACGUUGCUGUCUAUUAUUCACCGCCAUCAGGCGUCGCCGCUCGCUGCACGAGCCAGGAGUGAUUUUAGCGUUUUGCUGGAUAUUUUAACGAGGCUCGAUUCGAAGGCCUCGGAUGCCCUCAAGAGUACUUCCACGUGGGCAAUGUAA